UGGUUGCCUCAUUUCCUUCUGUCUUUUCCCGCGUCGUAGCAAAAUAGAGCUGCACCAGACUGUCAACAUUCGUUUUUGUUUUAUUUAGUUUUAAUAGAGGAUAUAGAGGAAAUUUUACCAAAGUUUAAGCCAUGCCAACUUCAGAUUACGACCCGGCUUCUUUACCGGACUUGCUACCUUUGUAUUAUAGGCGCCUGUUCCCCUUUGCACAGUAUUAUCGUUGGCUAAACUAUGGAGGAGUGCAAAAGAAUUACUUCCAGAAUCGUGAGUUUUCCUUCACUCUCAAAGAUGACAUCUAUGUCCGGUACCAGUCCUUCACCACUCAGGGCGAGCUGGAAAAAGAAAUGCAAAAGAUGAACCCCUACAAAAUCGACAUCGGAGCCGUGUACAGCCACAGGCCAAACCAGCACAACACAGUGAAGUCUGGGAGCUUUCAGGCUCUGGAGAAGGAGUUGGUGUUUGAUAUUGAUAUGACUGAUUAUGAUGACGUCCGAAGCUGCUGCAGUGCUGCAGACAUUUGCUCAAGGUGCUGGACCCUAAUGACCAUUGCAAUACGUAUCCUGGACAGAGCUCUGAGAGAGGACUUUGGCUUCCAACACCUGUUGUGGGUUUACUCUGGGAGGAGAGGGAUCCACUGUUGGGUUUGUGAUGAAGCGGCUCGGAAGCUGUCUGUGGCGGCUCGUUCAGCUGUGGCCGAGUACCUGAGCCUGGUCAAGGGUGGUGAGGACACUGUGAAAAAGGUGACUCUGUCUGAUCCAAUUCAUCCUUUCAUCAAGGAGUCCCUUCUGGUGGUGGAACGAUACUUCACCAGAUAUGCACUUCAUGAACAAGACAUUCUCGGGCGAAAGGAGACGUUAGACAAGGUACUGGCCCUUGUACCGGAAGAUGUAAGAAAAGAACUACAACAGGACUUUCAGAAUGAGAAGAAGCCAGAAACUCGCUGGAAAUUAAUCAAAGACCAUGCUCUUAAAAAAAAGGCUGCUAACAAGAAGAACCACCAUUUUGAAAAAGAAAUCAUGUUGCAGUAUUGCUACCCACGCCUUGAUGUCAAUGUCAGUAAAGGGGUCAACCAUUUACUGAAGAGCCCUUUCAGUGUUCACCCUAAAACAGGUCGCAUUUCAGUUCCCAUUGACCUAAAGGAAUUGGAGAAAUUUGAUCCAUUUGCUGUGCCCACAAUCAGUUUAAUUUGUGAGGAGCUGGAUCGUCCCAAACCCGGAGAGGAUGAUGAAGAAGCUGAUGAUAAGGAAAACGAAAAAGAUGCAACAGAGAAACGGAAAAUCCGAGACUACAAAAGAACCAGCCUAGCAAAAUAUGUUAGGUAUUUUGACCAGUUCCUUGAGGGUGUUGCCCGGUCUUGGAAAGGAGAGCUUCUCAGAAAGAGUGAUCUUCAGAAAGACUUUUAAAUCAGAAAGAAACACAGAUGUAUCAUCAAAUGCAUCAAUGUUUCAGACUGGUGUUGGGUUAUGUUUAAGUUUUUUGUUACUGGUCUUGCAAUAUUUUGUAUAAUUGUCUUAACUGCAAAAUAAAUAAUGUUUUAAUAAUUUUUGAAA